AUGUUACCUUUAUCUCUUUUACACACGGCUGCUGGUCACCCUCUUUUGGUCGAACUCAAGAAUGGCGAGACCUUCAACGGCCAUUUGGUCAACUGCGACAAUUGGAUGAAUUUGACGCUGCGUGAAGUGAUUCAAACCUCUCCCGAUGGUGACAAGUUUUGGCGUUUGCCCGAGUGCUAUAUCCGUGGUAAUACCAUCAAGUAUCUGAAUGUGCCUGAGGAGAUUGUGGACAUGGUCAAGGAAGAGGAAGGUCGUCAGCGCAACAUGCGUGGUAACCGUGGCCGUGGUGGAGGAAGAGAUGGUGGUCGUGGUCGUGGUCGAGGUAAUCAAAACCGUGGUGGAGGUGCUCGUGGUGGACGAUAA